GUGAUAAAGUAUUUAAGUGAUUGACCAGAGAUUGUGAGGUCGGAUAUGUUGCGGUCAUCAAAACAGCGCUAUUAUUACGAUGAAACUGCCAUUGAAAUGGGCUAUAUAUCCAAACAUAGUGACACCGGGAUCGACAAAAUUGAAGAGUCAACAAUAUAUUCAUGUGAUAUAAAUGAAGAGACACAAGAAGUUGAUUCAAACGAGAGAAGUGGUGGCAAAGUCUACAAAUAUAAGCGUUCGUCGAGUUGUUGUGUAGACGACAGUCCAAUAGAGAGACGACUAAAACUACUAUCAAAAAGUGAUGGCAAUAAUGGCAAUAAUUAUCGAAACUCUCAGUCCUUUAAUAACAGCAAUGAAGAGCUUCCAUACCCUGAAUAUGUGUCCGUUUCGUUAUUUUGUAUGAAACAGACAUCACCUCCAAGAAACUGGUGCUUAACUAUGAUCUCCAAUCCAUGGUUUGAGCGAAUCUCAAUGAUAGCAAUUUUGCUCAAUUGUGUGACACUUGGUAUGUAUCAGCCCUGUAAUGACGAAUAUUGUACGACAUCUCGCUGUAAGGCAUUACAAGUGUUUGAUGACAUCAUAUUUGCAUUCUUUACCAUUGAAAUGAUCAUUAAAAUGACUGCAAUGGGAAUCACUGGAUCUAAAGGCGCUUAUCUAUCGGACACAUGGAAUAGACUCGACUGUUUUAUUGUGGUGGCCGGUGCACUGGAGUACUGUCUAGACGUGGGAAACAUGAAUUUAUCAGCGAUACGAACCGUAAGAGUUUUAAGACCAUUGCGUGCCAUCAAUAGGAUUCCGAGUAUGCGGAUUUUGGUUAUGUUAUUACUGGACACAUUGCCGAUGUUAGGAAAUGUGCUUAUGUUGUGUUUCUUCGUGUUCUUCAUAUUUGGUAUAAUCGGUGUACAGCUAUGGGCCGGACUAUUACGCCAGAGAUGUCAUCUCGUAUUACCCACUAAUGUCUCACUCCCGAGGUACGAUAUCUCGCAGAUAUACGUUGAAAGAGUCAAAGUUUUACAUCCAAUUGCCUCCUAUUACCAAAACCCAGACGCGGACAAGGAUUACAUAUGCAGUGCUGAUAAAGACAAUGGUAUGCAUCGGUGCGUGGAUUUGCUUCCAUCGAGAUAUUAUCAUUUAAAAUGCAGUGAUAGAGCCCAACAAUUUAGUGGUAAUGAACCAAAUGAUACUAAUUGUGUCAAUUGGAACCAAUACUAUACGGAAUGUAAGGCCGGAGAUAAAAAUCCCUUUCAGGACGCCAUCUCCUUUGAUAACGUGGGUAUGGCGUGGACUACAAUCUUCCUGGUUAUCAGUCUUGAGGGAUGGUCUGACAUCAUGUACUACGUUCAGGACGCCCACUCUUUCUGGGACUGGAUCUACUUUGUCUUACUAAUUGUGAUCGGUUCCUUCUUUAUGAUUAACUUAUGUUUGGUUGUGAUUGCGACACAAUUUUCUGAGACCAAGAAGCGUGAAAUGGAGAGAAUGAGACAGGAGAGGGCCAGGUGCCAUUCCCAGAGCACCCUGGCCAGUUACAGUGCAUCCGAGCCAAACAAUUGUUAUGCAGCUUUAAUCAAAUAUUUAGCACAUUUAUGGCGAAAGUCGAGGAGAACAACAAUUAGAUGGUAUCGACAGCGACGGAAAACCAAAGAGUUGUCGUCCACUAUAGACAUGUCCACUGCCUUCAACCCACUUAACCCUAUGAAUGAAGUCUCUCAUGCAAUAGCAUUGGGCUCUAAACGACUGCACAAGAGAUCGUCUAAAAAGACAAAACGAAAAUAUAAGGGACCAAAAACAAAGCGUUGUGAUAAAACCUGUGCUAAACUCAUCUCUCAUUCACCUCAGACCACAUCUGCUCGUAUAACUAAAUGUGUAAUCAGUGAAGCAUCGGUAUUGCCGGCACCGGCACCCCGAGCCAGUCCAGAAAUAUCUGACAUUGACGUCAAUUAUUCUCCAGCGAAGAAUAAUGAGGUCAAUGCAGAACUCACUUCAACUGCCAUUAAAGACAAGACAAACAAAGGUCUGAAUAAGUCUUCCAUUAAGUAUUGUUUGAAUAGAGAGGAGAUUAGAGACAAUUCACUCGCUCAUCAAAACUAUAUUCAAACCAUUGAUUGUGUAAAAAGUAAUGAAAUGAGUGAUAACCAGACAUUGAAGACCUUUCACUUGAGUGCAUCCAAAUCUGGUCGUCAUUGUUCUGCACCAACUCUACUGUUUCUUAGGCCAACUCCGAGUCCAACAUUUGUUACAUUAAAAGGCGAACUUCAAAGCAUUACAGAAACAGUGACCUCACAAAGUGAUACAAACCAAUGGAGUAAAUCUGAAGGUUCGUGGGAUGACGACAUUGAUGACCAAAAUGAUAGCCAACUUAAAGACAGAUCCCGAUGUGUCCGAUUCUGGAGUGCUGUUCAAUCGGUGCUCAAGAUUAUAGUUAAUCACAAUUACUUUAAAAGAGCUAUAUUUUUAUCUAUACUAUUCAAUACAAUUUGUAUGGGAAUUGAAUAUCACAAUCAACCGGAAAGCCUCACACAAACCGUCGAAAUAAGUAAUGUUAUAUUUACCGCUAUAUUUGGUUUUGAAAUGGUUCUCAAACUGUCUGCCGAUGGCUUUUAUAACUAUAUCUCUUCGGGUUUUAAUGUAUUUGACGGCAGUAUUGUACUUCUUAGUUUACUGGAAUUGCUUGAAGAACACGGCAGUGGGCUAUCAGUGCUCAGAAGUUUUAGAUUAUUACGGAUCUUGAAAUUGGUUCGCUUUAUGCCAGCCCUCAGACGACAAUUAGUAAUAAUGUUAAGAACUAUAGACAACGUCGCCGUCUUUUUUGCACUUCUUUUACUUUUUAUAUUCAUCUUUAGUAUUCUGGGUAUGAAUUUGUUUGGCUGUAAAUUUUGCCGAAAAACACCGGAAAAUACGAUACAAUGCGAUCGCAAGAAUUUUGAUUCACUAUUAUGGGCUCUCGUAACCGUUUUUCAGAUUUUAACUCAAGAGGACUGGAAUGUGGUGUUAUUCAAUGGUAUGGAGAGGACAUCUCCAUACGCGGCCCUAUAUUUUGUAGCGCUUAUGACUUUUGGUAAUUAUGUUUUAUUUAAUCUGUUGGUCGCAAUUCUCGUCGAAGGAUUCUCUCAUACGGAUGAGAGGAAAGAAUCGGAAACCGAUGAGGAUUCACAAGAAGGCGAAGUCAAACGGGAAAAAUUAAUUUAUUUUUAUGGACCACAAGAUAAUCUCGAAAGAGAAAUGCAACUUUUAUCAAAUUUAUCUAACACUGGAUACGAAAUGUCAACCAACACAUCAAUAAAGGCUCAAAAUCAUGAUAAUAAUAAUAAAGAUGUGUUACUAGGAAUACCUCCAUUGAUAACCCAUACGGCGGCCACACCACAGGGUUCACCCAAUGCAACACUUGAACCCAACCGAUCAUUUCAAUUGAGUCCACUUUCUCUUCAAAUUCAAGCGGCAUCUCUUUGCUCAAUAAAUCAGUCAUUUGACGACACGAGUUUGUGUUCAGCCAACAAUGCAAUCGCUUCACUAUCAGUGCCGUCAAGUCAUUUGUUGCCAUCUAAUCUUCAGCGAAGAAGAAGUUCGUGCAACAGCUCUAUUAAUAUCGAUUCAUUAAACUCUAUACAAGACAGUCUUCGCAGUUCUUGUAUCAGUACCGACAACAAAGGCAAUGUCUUACGCAUUCAAAGACACGGAAGUAAUAUCAGUCGGAAGUCUUCGAAGAAAAAGAAAAAGUUAGACAAACAAACUCUGGUUGACGACAAUAACUCGAGUGAUAGCGAUAAUGAUGUGUUUGAUAAAAGAUAUGCUCUGCAUGAGAGCACCACUGAAGUCGAUGUCAACAAUCAAUGCAAUGGUGAUGUCUCUGUGCUUAUCAACGAUAACAACAAACGGUGUUCAAUAACAUCGACAAAGGAGUCAGUGACCAAUAGACACAACUCUGUCGGAUGUAAUUCCACUCUUAGUCCAGACGAUUCAAUUAAAAGUUUUAUGUCAAUCGAGAGGAAAAACAGCUUAAUCCAUGAGAUCCGAGUGCUGAGUCCCCGGAACUCAUUGACGGGUGUUUUCUACUCAUCCAGUGUUAUCAGUGUAAAGAAUCCAUCGAUGAACUCGUCAUUCAAAUUGGAUGAAAUUCCUGUUACUUUAGCCGAAUCAUUCAAAGACGACGCCCUAUUAGGUGCUCCCUAUCAAGCAAUAAGUGAUGCAAAUACUUGUGAUCCAUAUCUUAUGCAAAAUUCUUCGCGAAAAUUUUGUGUAUAUUUUGAUUGGACUGAAUGGAUGUCUCAACGAGAAGAAUAUUCUUUAUUUAUUUUUCCAAUUGAUAACAAAUAUAGACAACAAUGCAUUGCAAUUGCAGACAAUACUUAUUUUGAUUAUGUGGUCCUAUUGUUUAUAUCAUUAAAUUGUAUAACAUUAGCAAUGGAGAGACCAAAGAUCCCUCCGUGGAGUGCGGAGAGAGAGUUCUUAGGUAUCGCUAACUAUGCAUUUACAGCCAUAUUUGCAUUGGAAAUGAUGAUCAAAGUGGCCGCGAAAGGUCUCUAUUAUGGAAAGGAUGCCUACUUUAAGAACGGCUGGAAUAUAAUGGACGGUAUUUUAGUUGGAGUUUCGCUCUUUGAUAUCGUCCUCUCAUUCUUUGCGCAAAAGACGCCCAGAAUUUUGGGAAUUCUUAGAGUAUUUCGUUUACUCCGAUCGUUACGACCCUUGAGAGUUAUCAACCGAGCACCUGGUCUUAAAUUAGUUGUUCAAACUCUGCUCUCAUCUCUACGACCCAUAGGAAACAUAGUAUUGAUUUGCUGUACAUUUUUCAUUAUUUUUGGUAUAUUAGGAGUUCAGCUUUUUAAAGGCAGCCUAUAUUAUUGUGAGGGACCGAAAGCAAAAAAUGUUAGAAAUAAAACAGAAUGUAUGUCUGAUCCCAGAAAUCGAUGGAUUAAUAGAAAAUAUAACUUUGAUAACUUAGGACAGGCUUUGAUGUCAUUGUUUGUGUUGUCAUCAAAGGAUGGAUGGGUUAAUAUAAUGUAUACGGGUUUGGAUGCGGUGGGUGUGGAUCAGCAGCCGAUUGAGAACUACAAUGAAUGGCGAUUACUAUAUUUCAUAUCAUUUCUUCUUUUGGUUGCUUUCUUUGUGCUCAAUAUGUUUGUCGGUGUCGUCGUCGAGAACUUUCAUCGAUGUCGUGAAGAACAAGAAAAAGAAGAGAAAGCCUUUAGAGCCGCUAAAAGAGCCCGAAAAUUGGAAAAGAGAAGAAAAAAAAUGCGAGAACCGCCAUAUUUUAUUGGAUAUGGAAACUACCGAUUGUUUGUCCAUAAGAUAGUCACCGGAAAGUACUUUGAUUUGAUAAUAGCAGCUGUUAUUGGUCUCAAUGUGAUUACUAUGUCAUUAGAGCACUAUUUCAUGCCUGUUGGAUUGGUUUAUACGCUAAAAAUCUUUAACUUUGUAUUUACUGGCGUUUUCGUGAUCGAAGCCAUUAUGAAAGCCAUGGCAUUGGGUGUUAGGCGUUACUUAAAAGACAAAUGGAAUCAAUUGGAUGUGAUUAUAGUGAUGCUCUCCAUUCUUGGUAUUAUUCUCGAAGAAAUGGAGUCGACUUUGAUUCCAAUAAAUCCGACAAUAAUUCGUGUAAUGAGAGUCAUGAGAAUCGCCAGAGUAUUAAAGUUAUUAAAGAUGGCAAAAGGCAUCCGUCAACUGUUGGAUACUGUUAUGCAAGCCUUACCUCAAGUCGGAAAUCUUGGAUUACUUUUCUUUUUGCUUUUCUUUAUAUUCUCUGCGUUGGGAACCGAACUCUUUGGACGAUUAGAGUGUGAUGAAGAUAAUCCAUGUCAAGGUUUGGGUGAGCAUGCUCAUUUUCAAAACUUUGGGAUGGCUUUCCUUACGUUAUUCCGUGUGGCCACUGGUGACAACUGGAACGGUAUUAUGAAAGACACACUGAGAGACAAAUGCGAUCCAACAGAAGAUUGUUUAAUCAAUUGUUGUAUUUCACCGAUCAUUGCUCCGCUAUAUUUUGUCGUCUUCGUACUGAUGGCUCAAUUUGUUUUAGUUAAUGUUGUAAUUGCUGUCUUAAUGAAACACUUGGAAGAGUCGCAUACACACGACGACGACGAUGAAGACGAAGAAAUAGAUUUAGAAAUUGCAAAAGAAAUGGAAGCAGAGAAGAAAGCUAUUAAAGAUGCCAUCGAUCGACAGCAAAGAGAGAGAAAACUUAACAUUAGGCGCCCUCUCAUGAAAAUGGCUUCACUUCCCAAUAAUUUUGUCUUUACCUGCGAGACCAUCGAUUUGGACAACAAUUAUCAACAUAAUAACAAUCCCAUGAUUUCAAUUAGUAGAAGCAGUGAAGCGAAUAGUGAGUCCUAUAACCAGAAUAGAACUCCUGUGAUAACCAUUGAAGAUGAUGGUCAAGAACUGGUCGCCAAUAUAUCAGAAGUUAGUUCUGAUUUAUUGAUACCCAAACAUGUUUACAGAAAAUUCAGUGACUUUAUGGACGAAGAGUCGGCUACAUUAACCCAUUGUCUACAGCCCUCGUACCCGGAAUUUGCCAAAGACUCAGAUCAACAAAGUCUUGAUUCUGUGACCUGGAGUGCGGACGACUCGCUAUCCAGUAAAUCAUCACUUAAUUGA